GGAAGAUGAAGGUGGUCAGCAGACUGGGAACAUGGCAGGUAAUCGCUCACGGAGAGAAUUUGCAGUAGGGGAUUUCGUUCAGGGUAAUGAAAGAGGAGCAGUCAGCGGGACAAGCAGGGGGUUACACUCACCUCAGGAUUUCCACACAAAACUACGGUCACCAUGCGAAGAUACGUGGAUUACAAGAGUGCUGCCUCCUGGGUUACUUAGUGCAGAACAGCACUCCAACUCAAAGGCUAACUCUCUGCAACAGGCCCUUCCUGAGAUUGAAAUACCCACCCCAUAUUCUUUCAGCUCUGGAACCUUGGCCUCUGCCCCCUUUUCCCUGCAGCCACAGAAGCAAGCGAAACUGGUUAGCGAAAACAGAAAGAGAGAAGUCACCGAGCUGCUUGACCAGUGGAAGAAUGACCCAGAUUUAGCUUUCCUGUUUCAGGAAAAUAUGGCAGAGUUGAGAGACUGGUCUCCUCACCAGCAAAAAGAGAGUGCCAGCGAGAGACCACCAUUUGGCGCUUCCACCGUUUCAACAUUCUUUCCCUCCGAGGGGUUUCGUUAUGAGCCUUUCUUUCGCUUUCCACAUUCAUGCAACUCCAUCAAGAAGUCGGAAAGAUCUGGUAUUAGUCGUUACAAUCACUCAGAUGUCAAAGAUCUCAGUCUUUCUCCAUCUUUUUUCUUCAGCACGCCUUAUUUCCGUUAUUUGCCAUAAGCUUAGAGCCUGCCAGCUUUGUGCAGUAAUUGUGCUCUGAUGAAACAUUGUAUUUUCA